AUGCAAGGCAUCAAGUACCGACUGACACGGUCCGUGUUUGGGCGACCGCCUUCUCCCGCUCGGAAGUUUUCCCAGGCAGGCAUUCUUCUCGACCCAAACGACAAACUGGAGGAGGAAACAUUGCGAGGGUACUCACCAGAUCAUUUCUACCCCGUGAAGAUCGGUGAUGUAUUUCGCUCAAGGUACCAGGUGGUUGGAAAACUUGGCUACGGGGGUCAUUCCACUGUGUGGCUCUGUAGAGACCUACAUCCCAGUGACAUUCAGAGUGAGGACUGA